GAUUGUAAUACAAGAAGUGUUUUUGUCAGGGUUUUGUAUGUAGUCAAAAUUUGCAAAAUGAAGACAAUGCAUAAAUCAUCGGAAUGGCAUUGAAUGAGGGUAAAGAGAACAGCUUGAUUAUUAGCGCUGUGGAUUUACUGUGAGGACUUUGAUCUUCAGUGUGAGGUCUUCUGUCGUGACACUGAUGAAUCUCAUGUUGAGAGCAGAGCAAGCGCUGAUUUCUGCGUUUCUGACCGCACGCUUUGCCUUCUGCAUAAUCCGCUUUUAUUCUUAACGUUUUUGCUUUGAAGCUGUCUAAUCUGAGCUGGAGCAGUGCUCUGGACUGGACCGCUGACCCUGGAGGUCAUGAGAAUGUGGUGUGGGAUGCUCUGACGGUGUCGUCUCCUCUAGGCCACAGUGUCUGGUGAUGACCGGAGCUCCAAACUCUCGUCCAGCUCUUCUUCAUCUGGUGCACGCCUUCACCAAGAACGUGGGUCUGAUGCUGUGUGGUCACGUGCGCGCCAGUUCCCGGCGGCCCAACUUUAAAGAGCUGAACAGUGAUAUGCUGCGCUACCAAAGGUGGCUCCUCAACAACAGCUCCAAGGCGUUUUACACUCCUGUGGUGGCUGAAGACCUUCGCCAAGGAACCCAGUACCUGCUGCAGGCUGCUGGUCUGGGCAGAUUGAGGCCCAACACGCUGGUGCUCGGCUUCAAGAACGACUGGCGCAUUGGAGAUAUAAAGGACGUUGAGACCUACAUAAACCUGAUGCACGAUGCGUUUGAUUUUCAGUACGGUGUGGUCAUUCUCAGACUGCGAGAGGGACUCGAUAUCUCUCACAUUCAAGGCCAAGAUGAUUCUUCAGCGAUGAGGGAUGUGGUGGUCUCAGUGGACAUGAGCAAGGACUCGGAUGGAGACUCGUCCAAACCCUCCUCCAAGGCCACCAGUGUCCAGAACAGCCCCGCCGUCCAGAAAGAUGAGGAUGAGGAUGGCAAAGCCCACACUCGGCCACUGUUGAAGAAAGAGAAGAGGAGCCCGACGCUUCCUCUGAAUGUGGCGGAUCAGCGGCUGUUGGACGCCAGUCAGCAGUUCCAGCAGAAGCAGGGGAAGGGCACCAUCGACGUCUGGUGGCUCUUUGAUGACGGAGGUCUGACUCUACUGAUCCCCUAUCUGAUCGCCAACAAGAAGAAAUGGAAGGACUGUAAGAUCCGCGUCUUCAUCGGGGGCAAGAUCAACCGGAUCGACCAUGACCGCAGAGCCAUGGCCACGUUGCUCAGCAAAUUCAGGAUCGAUUUCUCUGACAUCACGGUCCUGGGCGACAUCAACACAAAGCCCAAGUCAGAGGGUUUGACCGAGUUUGCUCAGAUGAUCGAGCCAUAUAAGCUGAGAGAAGAUGACAUGGAGCAGGAAGCUGCUGAGAAGCUGAAGAGCGAAGAGCCCUGGAGAAUCACAGACAAUGAGCUGGAGCUCUACAGAGCCAAGAGUAACCGUCAGAUCCGACUGAACGAGCUGUUGAAGGAGCACUCAAGCACAGCCAACCUCAUCGUCAUGAGCAUGCCGCUGGCCAGGAAAGGAGCCGUCUCCAGCGCUCUUUACAUGGCCUGGCUGGACACAAUAUCCAAAGACCUGCCACCCAUCCUCUUGGUGCGUGGGAACCAUCAGAGCGUCCUCACCUUCUACUCGUAGAGCACUCUCAGACGAGCACU